AUGGUUCAAACUGGGGUAAACCCUUACACCACCUCUCAAUUUACUCAAAAUGGAGAUACAAUGCCUUUAAAGACUGAUGCAGUAAAAGAGGGAUCGAAUGUAGGGUCAUCUAUUUCAACUGGGAUUUCAUCAUUCACUUCAGCUACAAUGACAUCAAAUGGAAUAGAGCAACAGAAUGUUAGCAUAGUAAAACCUGAAAGUGAUACAGCAGUUGUGUCACCUACGACAACACCAUCAGUUACAACUCCAAUUAUAACCAUUCCUGAGCCUCAAAAAAGUGUGGGGCAACCGAAAAGGCUCCACGUUUCAAAUAUUCCAUUUCGAUUUAGAGAUCCAGAUUUAAGAGCUAUGUUUGGGCAAUUUGGUCCCAUUCUCGAUGUCGAAAUAAUAUUUAACGAAAGAGGAUCUAAGGGAUUCGGUUUUGUUACGUUCGCAAAUAGUGCUGAUGCGGAGCGAGCACGAGAGCGUCUUCACGGCACCGUGGUUGAGGGGAGAAAAAUAGAGGUGUGCAUGAUACUAGCAUAA